UCGGCUACAACAGGUAUAAAUUCGCGUAACCAGUGCAGAAAAAGUAUAAAAGUCAGGCCCGACACAACCUGAGCACUAAACUUGAGCAUCACUGCGAGUUUUUAAUAAUAAACCUUGAACAAAUUAUGUGGUCUCCGCUGUUUUUUGGAAUAUGUUUCUUCUUGUUGUCGGAGAGCAUCGUGAAAGGAAAGAAUCUGGGAUGUUUCAGUGAAUGUGAACAUGGGUUCAGCAAGAUUCACAACAAGCUACUUCAGUCUUUGCACCACCCACACAGACACCAUCCUCUCCGGCGCGUCCGGCACACGGCGAACUCCUGUGAAGAUUUCGUUCGGUCUUCAUCUGCAGCGCUCAAUGAUCGCUCACUGUCCCCCUGGCGGAUAAGAACAGUGGAAAAUACAGACAUGUAUCCCUCCAAAUACGAGGAGGCAGAGUGUCUGUGUGAUGGAUGUAUCAUUAACGGGGUUGAAAAUAGGACCUACAACUCAGUGCCUGUGAAGCAAACUCGCUUAUUCCUGAAGAAGGUUCCUUGCCCGUCUGACCCGAAAAAAUACUCCUUAGAGUAUAAACUUGUGUCAGUGACUGUAGGCUGUACCUGUGCGGUGCCCAAUUCAGUUCCUCAGCAGUAAGAGGGGAUAAUACUAUAUAGACCAAAAUUGUAGAGACGUGUCUCAUGUACCAUGUCGUGUUUGUUUUAAAAUGCAAUUUUUGAAAAGGUACUUACAUUGUUUGAUAUGCUUAUAUUUAUAAGCUGAAAGGUUGCAUGUGUCACAUGGUUUAUUUUUUAAGCUUACAAACCAACAAUCUUUCUUGAAAGGAAGAUGUAUUUGUAUUACUGUAAAACACUACUUUAUUUAGAUUUUAUUUAUUUAUAUGAUAAUAACUUAUUUACUAUUUAUUUAACUGUUAUUAUGCAAUUAUGCAAAUAUGUGAACUUUUGAUCUUGCGCCUACCUGUCCUUGUUUGAAUCGGGUGUGAAAUUCAGCUCUGUCAGUGACAGGAAUGGUUAUAUUAAGUCUGUUUCAGUGAUAACGAUAAAAUGUAUUUGUAUGUUUUUUUCCUCAACUUUGCAUUUUGUCCAG